AAUCUAAAGCAUUUGUUUGUUUGAUUAAUGAUACUGGAGGCACUUAAUCGUCCAUCGGAAUGGAGAAAAGGAACUUCGAGGAGGAGCUGAAGAAGGAGCGUCGGCUCGUUGGGAACCUCUUGUACGAGAUCGAGUACCGGAAAAAACAGUUGUCGGAAAUGGAACAUAAACAUAAUGAGACAACUUCAACUCUCCGAGGACAUAUCGAUUGCCUCAUGGCGAACGUGAAAUGUAGAGACUGUACUUUGCAGGACUGGAAGCUUCGCUAUAAUGGAAGCGUGAGACAACUGAUGGAUGAGAAUGCUGCGUUGCGGGAAGAAAUUCGAAAGGGAAAUGAAGAAAACAUUAGGCUGAAGUGUGAACCUAGGCUGCAAACCAAGGAACUCGAAGAGUGUAAAACUAAGAAAGUGUUGGAGGAAACAUUCGAGGCAUUGGAAGAUCUUAAAAGCCGUUAUAGUUGUCUCAUGGUGAAACAUCUACUAGCUAAUCAAGAGCUCCAGGAUGCUCGUAAAGAAUCUAUACAAGGUUUGAAUGAUAUCUUGAAUACAAAAACGACUCUUGGAAUCAAAAGAAUGGGAGAUAUCGAUCAAAAGGCUUUCGAAGUUGCUUUCUCGCAAAAGCUCCCAAAUGAAGAUUGGCGAGAAACCUGUGCUACACUAUGUUCAUUGUGGCAACAGAAUGUGCAGGAUUCGGAAUGGCACCCGUUUAAGAUGAUCGAUACUGAAGGCAACUUGCAGGAAGUGAUCGACGAAGAUGACGAGAAGCUGAAAGAGUUGAGGAAAAAAUACGGUGACACUGUGUUUGAGGCUGUUGGCGCCGCACUGAUGGAAAUGAACGAAUACAAUGCGAGCGGAAGGUAUCCGGUCCCUGAGGUUUGGAACAGGAAGGAGGAAAGGAGAGCCACCAUGAAAGAAAUUGUCGAAUACUUGAUCAAGCAACUGAAGAUUCAUAAGGGUAAGGGAAAGCGAAAGCGUAGCAGUUCAACCAUCUUCAUGGUAUAA